CUUCCUGCACAGUCGAUGAAGACAGGUAGAUAAACCAAAAAAUAACGUUUACUACGCAUAUACAUGUGCAUGCAUUUUUAUACAUAUGGAAUACAUAUCAUUCAUCAGAAACAUAACAAUGGAAUAUUGAAGCAAAUGAAGACGAGGACAGAUUUCAGACAGCUCUCUUGAAGGACCACGCACGUGAGAAUUGAAGAAAAGAGGAGUGAGUGAAAGGGGGAUGAGUUCGUUGGAGGUUUAACGGCAGGGGAAAUCACGAUUGUGUAAAGAAGACUUAGGCAAGACAAUUCAUGACACAGAAAGAAAUCUAAAAAGAUACUGUGAAAAGCUGAAAGGAAGUAUCAUGUAUGAAAGUAUGCUUAAGUAUGUUUAAAUGGAGAGUCUCGACUACCAGAGUCAGCAGCCAUCAGCGGAGAGGAGGUGAACAGGUGUACACCACCAGCGCAUGACCUAUGUAGACAGAGGAGAAGCACCGAGGAAGAUAGCUAGACUUGUCUUUAGUGCAGACGAUUUCUGGGACAGAAGGUGAGAAACGACCAUCCAGAGUCACUAUAAGAAGAGGGCAUGAGAGGGAAGAAGGAAGGAGGAAAAAGGAGUAAAGCCUUAAAGUAAAGUAGGGGAAAGCCUACAACCAUUCUCUCAAUCACCACUGACAGCAGAGCUCAUGUCUUUUUAGAUUUAAGUGAGUGCAUCCACAGUAUACAGGAUUAUAAACGGGAGAGGGACAGACUGAAGCCUUUGACAUAACGCUUCAAUUUCGAGUGAUUGUUUUAAAAGACAGCAACAAACAGAAAACGCAGGAGAAACAUACCUCAAGUGAAAAUGGGUACUAACAAGGAAGGAGAUUUUGAGCAGGCAUCUCAAAAGACUCAAGAGGAGGUGGGGAGCUUUGAGAAGGACCUCCCAGCUGACCAUCAACAAGAUCUACCAGAGGACUCUGACCUCCUCAACACAUACAAAUGGCACACGGGGGCGAAGCAACACUCUGACGGAGUAAAAGGCGAGGGUGGGGCAGUCACGGCCUCUGAAAGGGCAGAGAAAAGCACCCCCACUAAAUGGAGCAAAAUGCAGAGCUGGCGCAAAGCCCUGAGCGAGGAUGCAGGGGAGAAGAGCAGCACCCGGGCAGAAGGCUCCAAGCAAGAGAAACCUGCAAGCGGUCGCAAAAACCCCUUCCGCAGGGCCCUCUCGGAGCCUCCUGGGUCUCUGCUCUCCACAUCUCUGGCACCCACCUCCUCCACACCGUCACCUAGCGUGUCCCCCACCGAUCCCCUAGGUUCGGCCUCCCAGGAGAACCAGCAGAGAGGGGGUGGCGCCCUCUUCAGGAAGUACCUGCGCACUGUCUCUCAGAAGUUCAAGAAGCCACGAUUGCAGAGUCGAAACAGCACCCCCAUAUGCCAAGAUGAGGUGGGAGGCAAUGAGCCCGCAGGUGCAGCCCUGGAGCCAGAAAGGUAUUCCUGGGUCCCGCCUCAGGAUGUCCCAGUGUGGGACAUCAGUAGCUGUGUCUUGCAAGAUGGACAGAUCCUCAUCUCGAGAGAGGAUGAGCCCAUGAUGCGGCCCCGGAAUCGUGCCAGCAGCUCCAUGUCCAACCUCAGCCUGCAGAACCUCGCAGGCAGCCACAGCAACCUGGAAUGCAGUCCCGAUCACUCGACCAACACCGGGCUGAAAAUAAAGCGGCCCGAUGGAGGGGUACGGGCGUUGAUCAAGCGGCGCUUCCAGGGCACAGCUAUGAGGAACAGCAACACACAGAUUAAUGCAAUUGGAAUGAGCAGCGGGGGCAGGCAUGGGUCUCGGGAGUCCCUGUUGAUUCCGGUCAGUGCUGCAGAAAGUCUGGACCUGAGUUCGGACCACAGCGCCAUCAUUAGGCCUGUGCACAGCUCCAUUCUGGGGGAGAAGUAUUGCUUUGAGGUCAUUAACUCAGAGAGCAACCACUGCUUCGGGUGUAGCUCAGCUGCUGAGAGAGACCGCUGGAUUGAGGAGCUGCGUCGAACUGCCCAGCCCAAUAAGGAUAACUGUGAACGGACAGAGCACUCCCUCAGUCUGUGGGUGAACGAGGCCAAGGACCUGCCCCCCAAGAGGCGCUACUACUGUGAGCUGCACCUGGACGGGACCUUGUUUGCACGUACCAGUAGCCGAGCCAUUGGCAAGUCUCCCAACCGCUCCAGUCUGGCUGGCGAUGGGGGGCAGGGGGCCUCAAGUGGGGGCCUGGGAGGGGGUGGCAGCGGAGGAGGAGGGGGCUGCCAGCUCUUCUGGGGUGAGCUUCUCGAGCUUGAUAACCUGCCACCUGUCUCCCAGCUCACCCUUCACCUCUUCCGGGACGAGGAUCCCAAGAAGAAGCGGCACUCCAAGGACGACUCCUUCCUGCACCCACUGGGCAGUGUGUCCAUCCCUCUGGCCGACAUAACGGGGCGGGCCUUUCAGGAGAAGUGGCACCCCAUCGUCCCCUAUAAGGUGUCUGGCCCUGGGGGCACCAGGGACCAGCUGGGACCCCAGGCUUCCAUCCGUGUAAAGGCCCGCUUCCAGAAUCUGCGGGUUCUGCCCAUAGAGAAGUACAAGGAGUUUGCGGAGUUUGUGACACUGAACUACAUGGGGAUGUGCAGCAGCCUGGAGCCCCUGCUGUCCGUCAGAGAGAAGGAGGAGCUGGCGGGGGCACUGGUGCAUGUGCUGCAGAGCAUCGGCAAAGCCAUGGAGUUUCUGAUUGACCUGGGCAGUGCUGAGGUGCAGCGUUGUGGAGACAAGGAGGCUCUUAUCUUCAGGGAGAACACUCUGGCCACUAAGGCUAUUGACGAAUAUAUGAAGCUGGUGGGGCAGAAGUACCUCAUCGACACACUUGGGGAGUUCAUCACUCGUCUGUAUGCUUCUCCGGAGAGCUGUGAGGUAGACCCCCGCAAGUGCCCUGCUUCUGAGUUGGCAGGCAACCAGAAGCACCUGAAGGAGGGCUGUGAGGAGGUGGUACAAAGAAUAACUGAGAUGCACAGUUCCUUCCCAGUGGAGCUGAACAAGAUCUUCUCCAGCUGGAUGGAGGAAUGUGAGGGGCGGGAUCGGGGCGAGAUAGGCCAGCGCCUCAUCUCUGCCUCCCUCUUCCUUCGCUUUCUGUGUCCCGCCAUCCUCAGCCCUUCCCUGUUCGGUCUGACCCAGCCCUACCCCGAUUCGCACACCCUCCGUACCCUCACCCUCACAGCGAAGGUCAUCCAGAAUCUGGCAAACUUCACCCUGUUUGGAGAGAAGGAGGAGUACAUGCUCUUUAUGAACGACUUCCUGGAGCAGCACUGGGAGAAAAUGCGUAGCUUCCUGCAGCGGGUGUCCACCCCAGACAGUGAGCUGGUCAUGGCCCACUUCGAGGGCUAUGUGGACCUGCCCCUACGCCUGGCUGUCCUGCACAGCCUGCUUACUGACAUCAUCUCCCCCAUGAAGCAGGAAACCAUAGACCAGCUGCACCCACUUCCCUCCAUCCUGAACCAGAUCUCAGACUCACUGGGUCCUAAUGCUCCCCGAAUCACUGUCAGCAGCUUCUGCACAGAGCAGUCAAAGCCCACUUACGUUCCCCCGAAAGAUCUCUCCAAGUACAGCCCCCUUCACAAUUCGCUGGUGCAACUCCCUCUGGAUUCGAAAGGUGGGGAGGGGAAGGAGAGACGUGCGAGUGGUGCCAAGGAGAGGAAAAGGGUGGUGAGGACCCAGAGUGUCCCAGACCGCAUAAAGCACAACCAAAAGCGUAUCCUCAAGAGGCAGGCCAGCAAUGACAUCUUACCUAUGGAAGACCAGGAACCUGAACCCAACCCCCCGCUUGACAUUUCCGGUCCCACAAAACCUUUCAGUACGAAGGCCCCACCGGCUCCAGUGCCUUGGAUUAAAGUCAAUAUCAACAAGGAGCCUUAUCAGAUGAAGACUGAGCAUGAAGAGUUUAACAUACUAGACAAGCAUGAGCAGGAGCUGUCAGAGCUGCGCCUGGGCGUGGAGCAGGUGACGGAGCGUGAACUUGAGAUGGCCAAGCGACUGGAGGACUUCAUCGCUCAGACCCAGGACCAGAAUGCAAUGCUGCAGGCCGAGGUCCAAGAGUUACGCAACCAGCUUGCACUCCGGGAGGAGCAGCUUGCCAGUGCCACCUUCAGGCUGGGAGUGAUAGAGGAAGAGAGGGAGGAAGAUGAGAGGAAGCUCAAUGUUGCUGUGGCAGCGGUCGAGAGAAUGAACUUACUGGAGGAGCGGUUUGCAGAUCUGCUGAAGGACAUGCACCAGCUCAGUGGCUCCCACACUGGCGACCAUAUGAACACACAGCACCCUGUGCCAGACACCAGACCUGAUAUCAGCAGCAACUGAAGUCAGGCGCAGCUCAGGGACUGAACUGUGCCAUGCUGUUGUUCUACAUUGUACAGUUUCUAUCUCUCAUAAUGGUUAGGGACAAUAUCUUCCCCACAGCUAAUUUGCAAUACGAAGCAAACCAGUGAAUGGGGGCCUCAUUUACUGGUCUCAUUUUGGAUGCUAUAAUGUGCCAGCUACACAGUGUGUAACAGAGCGGAAAAUGGAUUCUGGUCAUGGGAUAAACUUUGGCAUGCAGGCUGUGACAGGCUGUGGGAAAUGUUCAGUGGUGUUCUAUAUCAUCAUCAUCAUCAUCAUCAUCAUCAGUGUUAUCAUUAUCAAUAUCA